AUGGCAACAUACCGCGCCUUGGUUCUCAAAUCAACAUCGGAGCCUCUCUCCCUCGAUGUGCGUCCCAUACCCACCGCCGUCCCAGGAAGUGUCAUCGUCAAAGUCCUUGGCCUAUCCGUCAUCCCAUACAUUGCCGCAGUUUUAGAUGGCUCGUUACCCUACGCCAUUUCUAUGCCCAUGGUACCAGGCUCUAGCUGCCUCGCUCGCAUCCACUCCAUCGGCCCCGACGCAAUCUCUCUCACGCCUGGCCAACUCGUUUACUGCGACAUGACGGUCCGAGCCCGCGAUGAUCCCAAUGCGGCAAUCUUGAUGGGUCUACACGGAGGUGCUGCUCCAAAACUCAUGGAUGGUGAAUGGAGAGACGGCCCAUAUGCCGAAUAUGCCAAAUUUCCAACCGAGAACGUCUUCCCCCUCAAUGAGGAGGUUCUUCUUGGGAAAUUCGGCUACAGCAUUGAGGAUCUCUGUGCUCUACCCAAUCUUCUCGUCCCGUUCGGUGGACUUUCAGAAAUCGAUGUUCGUCCAGGAGACACCGUAAUAGUUGCCCCCGCAACCGGUAAAUUCGGCGGCUCGGCCGUCACGACUGCCCUCGCGAUGGGUGCCAGUGUCGUUGCCUGCGGCAGGAAUGCUUCAACAUUGGAAACGAUGUCCAGCUUCUUCUCACCCACUGGCUGUCUGUCCACGGUAGUCCUUACCGGUGAUAUCGCAAUCGAUACCAAAGCCAUGGUCUCCGCCUCAGGAAACAACGGAAAAGGAGCAGAUGCUUUUAUCGACUUCAGUCCCGCCGUAGCCAAGGGGGCAUCUCACAUCAACGCGGCACUGGGUGCUUUGAGGCAGAAGGGGAAAGCAGCGUUUAUGGGUGGCAUUAUUGGGGGAGUGGAGAUUGACUAUAGCAUGGUGAUGAUGAAGAGCUUAAGGAUUCAAGGCAGGUUCAUGUAUGAGCGAGAGAUGAUUGUUAGAUUACUUGGAAUGGUUGAGAAGGGAAAUUUGAAAUUAGGAGAGAAAGGGACAAAUUUCAAGACUGUGGGGAAGUUUGGGCUUGACAGCAUUGGAGAGGCGGUGCAGGAAGCGAGCAAGGCGACUGGUUGGGGCAGUCAGGUUGUGCUGCUGCCGUGA